GGCGAAAAUCCCUGAAACAGCCUUGUCUUUGUGCUCGAAAAUGUCACUUUGCGAUAAAAACUGUCGAUAAAUUCGGGAAACAGCGUCAUGUAAAAAAUGUAAACUUCGUGUGCGCUGUUGGUGCGUUAAACCCGAAUCGAUUCUAGUGGAAAAAAAUGUGGUAAAAUUGGUACGAUUUGUGAUAGUUCUUCAGCCAGUUUCACGCCCACAAAUUUUGACAUAUCUUCACCCACUAAAUGAAAAUUGCUAGAAAACCCAAAAACGUUGCUUUUUAGGCGAUGGUCGUUGUAAGCGGGAUUUGGGUGAAGAAUGUGGCCGCAUACCCAACCCCCAACGACAUGGUAAUGAGCAACGACGCCAAGAUGCCCGCCAAAGCCGUGCUCAUCUGCCGCCCCAACUCGCACCCCUUCCAGGAACGCACCCUUGCGCUCGACCAGCCGGUCAAAGUGGGGCGCUCGGUGGCGAAGGCCAAAGCCACCCCCACCAACGCCAUCUUCGACUGCAAGGUGUUGUCGAGGCAUCAUGCGGUGCUCUGGUACGAGAACGGGAAGUUUUACCUACAGGACACGAAGAGCAGCAACGGGACUUUUGUCAACAAUAAUCGUCUGGUGGCCGAGACGGAGCACCACGAGGUCAGUUCGGGGGAUAUUGUCCAGUUUGGGGUUGAUGUUAUCGAGAACAACAAGAAGGUGACCCAUGGGUGCAUCAUUGCUACGCUUAAGCUCUACAUGCCCGAUGGAAAGGAGGCCAAAGCGAGCCCCAGCAUCGUCGAAAAUAACACUGAUGUUGUGCCUUUAGACGAGUUAUACAAACUGCACCAGAUCAUCCAAGAGGCCACCCAGCGCGAGCAAUGCCUCGAAAUGAAACUCGCAACGGUCCAAAACGCCGUCAACGAUGUCCGAAAAUCGACCGAGGAAGGUUGGCAAGCCUACGUCGGCGAAGAACGCCUCUUAUCGCGUAUUUCCGCUCUUGAAACGCAACUCCAACAAGCGGGGAAAAACUGGGCCGAAGACAAACACCGCGAAGAAAUCGUCAAACUUCAGGAAGAGAAAGCCGCCUAUGAAACGGCCGCCAAAGAAACACUUGAAAAAUUACACGCUGAAAGACUCCAAGCGUUGGCGAUGGCCACCGAGCAGGAACGCUGCAGGAUUUCGGCCGAACAGGAAGUGAUUUUAGUCAAGGAACAGUUGAGUCAGACACAGCAGGAAUUGGAAGAACUUGCGAAGAAAUUCGGGGAAGAACAGAAGAAAGCGAACGAGGAGAAGAAUCGGUUGGAGCAGACGCAGUGGGAUUUACAGACGAGACUCGAAGCCGAAAUCGAGAAGGUUGAUAAACUCCAAGUGAAACUGAGGGAGAAUGUGCAAUAUAAAAGAAUUAUCGAUGAGAAAUUCAUUUGUAAUGAUGAUCUGAAAGCGAAAGAAGAAAUUUUGGCAGAGAACGAAACAGAUUUGAAUAAAACGAACGGUGUGGAGAUUGAGCCGCAAAAUAAUCAUAUUAAUUUGACCGAUGAGAAAAGCUCUUGCGAGGAAAAACCGGAUGUGGAAAGCGAUUCCGAGAGUGAAACUUCGACCAUCCUAACAUUCGAGGAAAAAGAGCCGGAAAAACGCGUCACAUUCAAUAUUCCAGAAGACGUGAAUUGCAACGGUCCUGAAAGCCCCUCCGAGAACUCAAAAGACGACUUCGACAGCGACAACGUCGACUCGAAAACCUUAAAGUACAAAUACCAAACGGCUCAAAACGAGCUAAAGAAACGAAUAGAAAUCCUCGAAACAAUCCUCGAGUCGAACAAAUCGAAAUUGAGCGAAUUAGAGAAGCAAUUAACCGACGAGAAACAGUUGAAUAGCGUCCAAUCGGAAGAGAACGAAUCGAUGAAAGAGGAGUUGGUGGUGUUGCAACAGAAAUUGAAAGAAAGUUGCAACGAAAGUCAACAGUUGAGGGACAGAGUGAACUGUUUGGUGAAGGAGUUGGAAGAGGCGAGCAACAAGGACCAAAUUGUAAAUACCUCGACCAUAUCAAAUAGUUACGAACAAUUAGUUAGUCUCGAAGAAGAAAUGGUUCUGUUGAAAGAGCGCUACGUCCAAAGCAACGACGACAAACUCAAACUGCAACAGGAAUUAGCCAAAUUGAGAGAACAGUACAAUAAGAUGUGCAACAGUUCGUACGACAAAAUGUAUUUCUAUAUUGCACCCCUAAUACUCAUGAUCCUCUAUCUAGUAAUAAGCGCAAUGAUUUCCUGAUUUACGGCCAUUCUUUUGGUUUUUUUCUAUUUUUUUCUCGAGUUUUUAAUCAAAAUCAUCAAUGAAACGUGAGUUUAUUUGCCAUAAUCGUGUGAUUUUGCGGAUUAUAGGUUUUGUACAAUUUGUGUUAGCCCAAUUAGGAGAAAUGUAUUUUAUUUAAUAUAUUUGUUCAUAGUAGAUGUAUAUUACCAAUGUAUUUAAAAGAAUAAAACUCAGUUCAA